GAUUUAAAACCAUCAAAUAUAUUGUUGGACGCUGAUUGUCGUGUUAAAUUAGCUGAUUUCGGAUUAGCAAGAUCACUUUCAAGUCUCGAAGAUUAUCCUGAAGGUCAAACGAUGCCUGAAUUAACAGAAUAUGUAGCGACUCGGUGGUAUCGUUCACCGGAAAUAUUGUUGGCAGCAAAACGAUAUACAAAAGGUAUUGAUAUGUGGAGUCUCGGGUGUAUACUCGGUGAAAUGCUGCUUGGUCGAGCACUUUUUCCUGGAAGUUCAACGAUUAAUCAGAUUGAACGAAUUAUGAAUACUAUACCUAGACCAUCGAUGUUGGAUAUCGAAAGUAUAGGAUCGCAUUAUGCGACAUCAGUGCUUGAAAAAAUGCCGCAAAGGCCUCGUAAACCAAUCGAAUUAUUUAUUAAUAAUGCUGAUUCGAGUGCGAUUGAUUUAGUGAGAAGAUUAUUGAUAUUUGCGCCACAUAAGCGACUCAAUGCUGAACAAUGUCUUGCACAUCCAUACGUUUUCCAAUUUCAUUCACCAAAAGAAGAACCAACAUUGACAUACGAUAUAACAUUACCACUGCCUGAUCAUAUACAAUUAACCAUCGAUGAAUAUCGCAAUAAGUUAUAUGAAAUAAUACAGCAAAAGAAGACAAAUACAAGAAAAAUACAACUCUACAAUAAAACCACCAAUAAUCUUAAUAGAUGCACUACUGAAUCUGCGAAUAUUCGUCGAUCGAAUAUAUUUACAAAUGUAAAAUUAUUAAAUGAAUCCAAGAAAAAAGAAAGGAAAGCACCGAUAGCUCAAGCUGAAUGUAGUGACACUGACUAUGAAACGGCCAGGGAAAUGAAUAAACAAUUAUUCAAUGAUAAGCAGAAUAAUAAGGAUAUUAAUAAAUUGUACAGAGAACGAGCCCAAAGCGCUGAUUCUCGGCAAACAGUCUUGAACCAGGAUUCUCGAAUUAAUCAUACCAGUGAAACUGGAAAAAAUCAUCAACAUUCUCGAAAUUCGGCAGGAAUUCUUUCCACUUUUCGUAAAACUUCAUCCUCUCGAAAACAUUCAACAAAACAAUCAAAUGCUCACUAA